AUGCCCGCGAAACACACCUUGGGUGUCAAGAACGCCUCGCUCGUAGAGCAAAUCGAAGCGAAGCGGACCUGCGCGCCGCCGGUCGCCAAGACGACGUUGGCAAAGCCCUCGCCGUGCACGACGGCUGCCCACGUGCUCUUUGAGGCGUCCGGCAAGUCGCCGGCGGCAAUGGCCUUGGCGAGCUUCGCACGCGUCGAGGUCGGCCGCCAGCCCGGCCUUGACCUUGACAAUGGCUGCCAUCUUGUCGACCAGAUUGGGCAGUGGCACGACCUUGUCGCGUUCUUGCUCGAUGACGACGACGAUGACGAACUCGUGCACGAGGUAUUUCACCGACCGAACAAGCGACGCCACGGCGGCGGUGUUGUUGGUCGCAAGAUGGUAAAGCGCGACAUCGCGUCCGGCCACAGCAACAUCAUGCGCGACUACCUCAGCCCCGAUCCAACCUACGGCGAGACCCUCUUCAGACGUCGAUUCCGCAUGUCCAGUGCAAUGUUUCGCAGAAUCGUCGGCGACCUCGAGAGCGACAGUUUUUUUGCGCAGCGACGCGACAGAGCUGGCCGUCUCGGGGCGUCACCGGAACAGAAGAUCACGUUCGCUUUGCGUAUGCUUGCGUAUGGAACGCCCGCUGACGCGCACGACGAGUAUCUUCGAUUAUCGGAGACCACUGGCCGGCGCCGACCCGAGAAGACCUAG